AUGCCGCCCAGCCGCUCACCAGACGCCCUCAAUGGCGUCCUUAUCGGCCUUCUCUCGUCUCUCGGCUCCGCCGUGCUGAUCGGUUUCAUCUUCGUCAUCAUCUACUUCUUCAAGUACACAAACUCCGGCCGCAUCUUGCUCGACCGGAUCGGAAGGCCCGGUGAAUACGAUGAUGAGCAGGCUUUUGCAAAGGAGGAGGCCGAGGCGCUGGAGGUUAUGGAUGAUAUGCAGCGAACAGAGUACCUGAGGGCCAAAGCAUUCAUCACGGCAAAUCCCCCGGAGUCCGUCCAAACCGAUAUUUCCCUUUCGCAGUAUCUGGCCAUACAAGAGAAGGGUGUUUCAGCGUGGGAGUUCGAGCCGGAACUCGAGAUCGCCAACUGCUUUGUCGAGGGUCGCACAGAGAUAGAGUUCUUCGACUCCGAAUGUACUGUCAUGACGAAUCUACCCGUCCCGAAGCAGAACGAGGUGUAUUAUUGGGAGGCCAAGGUGUACGAGAAACCCGAGGCGACCCUCGUUGCUAUCGGUAUGGCCACCAAGCCGUAUCCGCUCUUCAGGCUACCAGGCUUCCACAAGCACUCGGCAGCCUACUUCUCAAACGGUUUCAGGCGUCUUAAUCAGCCAUUUAACCACACGCCUUAUGGGCCUCAGAUCGUUCAAGGCGAUGUCAUCGGCUGCGGGUACCGUCCCCGAACAGGCUGCGUCUUCUUCACUCGGAACGGCAAGAAGCUGGACGAUGUGUGCCACGGGAUGAAGAAUCAGAAUUUCUUCCCCGCUGUCGGCGCCAACGGACCCGCAACCGUCCACGUCAACUUCGGUCAAGCUGGAUUUGUUUUCAUCGAAGCUAAUGUGAAGAAAUGGGGCCUGGCCCCAAUGACUGGUUCGCUGGCUCCUCCGCCCCCGUACGGUUCCGAAGCCGGCAGCAUCUUGCUGGAGGCUGGCAGGAAGGAUAGCUACACUGGGUCGCAAACCCAGGGUCAGGGCAACAACCCCUCAGUUCAGACAUACUUCAGGCCACAGCAUCAGUCAGGUCUCGAGCCUCAACAUGGUCACGGCCGAACGCGGUCUGGAAACUUUAGGGUGCUUUCUCCGACAAGUCCCGGCCCCGCUCGGAGUCCCACUGACAUCUCGCUCGCCCAGCUGGUGCCCAACGAUGACGGCGGCGAGCCUAGCAGUGCUGCUGCCGGUACUGCUGGAGGAACCACGGUGCAUCCCGCGGCCGGGCUGGGCCUACAGGAGCCGAACCAACCGCCACCUGACUACAGCAGCCCUGCAUCAUCGGAUGCUGGGAGCCGACGCAAUAGGGCCUACCACCACACCCGGUUCCUGCGCUCCGUGGAGACCAAGACGUCGCUGGAGCCUGACUUCAAGUGGCAGGGUCUUUUACAUAACCAAGAGCAAUCAGCAAAAGCAAACAAGAGCGGUUGGGGAGACAAGAGCAUUGGAAAUACCCAGAGUCAACAAUUCACAGUUGAACAAUUACUUUGA